CAGCCAAAAUGUGUAUACUUUUACUUGACUAAAUUAGAUAUUGAGGAUUAAUUUAUUCUUAUUGUAAAGUCUGAAAUAGCUUCUCAUGCUGGAGUGAAAGCUCGUAAAAUCCUCCACAUGUGUAUUUAUGACUCCAUCCAAUCUGAUCUAUUUUAGGCUCAUGUGGUCACUCUUCAGUUAUCCCUGUGGCAGAGCUGGCGCUACCAGUUAUCUCCUGCAGGGGGAGCCAGAGAUCAACCAAGAGCCCAAAAAAUGCAGAGCUGAAAACCCGGAAAGGUUCUCGGGUGGUAUGCACUUUCAAAGACAAGACAUACAGCCCAGGAGACAGCUGGCAUCCUUAUCUGGAGCCCUUUGGAUUCAUGUACUGCAUGCGCUGUGUCUGCUCAGAGGCCAUGUGAAAUGCAAAACGAUCAAGUGCCCUGCUCUGCCCUGCGAACACCCAGUAGCUGAGCCUCAGCAGUGCUGUCCCAGAUGCACAGAUGAGCCCAGGACCCCUGCAGGGCUGAGAGCUUCAGUGAAGUCCUGCAGGUACAACGGGAGUGUUUAUCAGCCGGGGGAGACCUUCACCAAGCUCGACCUCUUCCCCUCCAAACGGAGCAACCAGUGUGUCGUGUGCACAUGCUCUAAUGGAAAUAUCUUCUGCGGUCUGAAGACAUGCCAACCAAUCACCUGUUCCUCUGCAGUCUCAGUCCCAGACACCUGCUGUUUGGUGUGUAAAGAUACUGGCACAAGUGUGUCCUCAUCAUCUGAGGAGGGAAACCAGCAACUGAACAGAGGCGUUAGGCAUUCAGUGGAUCAGUGUUCUGGAGAGCCGGGCAGGGUGCGGUUCGACCGUGCCACUCCCUCCAGGGUCAGGGCUGCUCCCCGAGGCUUCGCUAGACUCAACCUCAAAGGGGCUUCAGAGACCACCGUGAAGAUUUUGUUGCCGAGGAAACACCAUAGAGCGUGUUCCUACAAUGGCAAGACGUACUCUCAUGGAGACAUGUGGCACCCCGUUUUGGGUAAGGUCCUGGAAUGCAUCCUGUGCACUUGUACUGAUGGCGUCCAGGACUGCAAACGCAUCACUUGUCCCAGCCAGUACCCAUGCCAACAUCCUAUGAAAUCAGUGGGAAAGUGCUGCAAGACUUGUCCAGAACGUAGAACUGAACGUAACCAGACCCAGUGUUAUACUGGACAUAAGAGCAACGUCUUAGUGUAUAAAGUGGACUCAUCGAUGAAAGUGGACCCACCCGACACGGUCAGGAUCAUUGCUGUUGAAAAACAAAGUACUGCUGAGGUCGAAGUGCAAGUAUGGAAGACUGUAGAAGGUGUCUUAGAACUAAUGGAUAUUGGUGACGUUGAAAGAAAAAAUAUUGUGGAUAAUCCAGGAAAUUACACAUUACUGACAACACUUAAUGAAGAGACGUGGAAAAAGUUUAAAGAGGAGGGAGAACAUUUGAGUACAGCUCCUCAGACGACAAUCUGUGAAGACGGCAUUCGGGAGAUGGUGACUUUCUUAAAUCCCAAGCAGACAGAAGACGUAUGCUCACCCUGAAGGUUGUUUUACUCCCGUGACACUCCUUGUAUCGACCAAUAACUACAUGGAUAUCAUACAGUAAAUACUUUAUUCAUACAUGUUGACAUGUCCUGCGUCAUUCCUGUAUUACAAGUGGAAUUUCAAAAUUACAAUCUUGUUUUUCGUGUUUUUAACCAUCACACAUAUUUUAUAUGUAACUCAUUAGGUUACAAAACACAACUGGCAGAUAGUUCUGACAGCUUUCUUGAUUAAAAUGUGGUUAUGUUUUGUGGAGUAUAGAGAUCAGAGUUUAGAGCAGGAGACGCCCUCAGUGUGAAUCUUUUGGAUGAUUGAGGACCUUUGGGGAUCAGCAUUUCUCAAACAUACUCUUUGCUAUGAAAAUGAUUUGUAUUUGAGAACAUUUUAGGCAUCUGUUCAAAAUGUAAAGGUUUUCUAAGGCUGUUAUAUGAUUAUCAACAUAUUUAUUGUUAAUACAAACAGAGCUUUGUCAACUUAUUUAAAAUGUAUGGUUUUUUGAAUGCUUUUUGUAUAUACAUUUACAUUUCUUUGCAUCCAGAGUCAUUUUAUUAGGGUUUGAUCUGUCAGCCAAUACAGGGCUGUGCCGAAGCUGUUUGUUUUUGAGCGAGAAAACAGCCUUUUCCUAAUCCUUCUGAUGUGAAAAUGAAAACAUUGUGUAGCUAUUUUUAUGCAGCCACAGGAUUUGGUUUGUUAUUAUACACUAAUGACUUACCAAUCCACAUACCAGAAAUAUUUCUUUUUUUAAAGUGGUCAUAUUCGAUAUAGCUGAAUGCACUCUGUACAUCUGCUUACAAUUUUAACCCAUAAAGUUAUUCAGUGUUUUACACAAGU